CCUCAGAGGGAACGAGUGUGCAGCGUGGCAACGUGCCUCACGAUUCGCCUUUCAGUCCCUCGCGGCUCAAAUCCCGCUGACCCACUAAUGGCUUAAGCCCCUCUCCGGAAUCCUAGACGCUCGAGUUCGGUAACACCUGGGUCCGGGAACCCCUGAAACUCUGCAAUACGUACAUAGUACACCUAUAUUGUUUUUUGGGAGCUGGGGAGAGUUACUGACUUUGUUUAGAUCCGGUGUUAGAAUGGAUUUUGGAAAGCAUCUGUCGUGAGCGACUUGGGAUAGCGGAUCUGUUGCCUUAAUAUUCCGGAACCGGCGAGAGGAUUUUUUUUGCGACCUCUGGAAUUCUUGCUUCUGGAAUUAAUUUUGAAUGAAAGCAAAUUUCUUUGUUCCCAUGACAAUAAGACUCUUUUCCCUUUUUACGUAGGGUAAGAUAUCAGACUGACCAAAAUUUGUUGUGUGUGUGCAGGUGUGUGAUUGAAGAGGCGUAGAAAGUGCCUAGUGUAUGUGUCCGGUUGUGUUUAUCGACCAUGCUGGAGGAAAACAAGGCCGGGAGUUCUCGGCAACUAAGGUCGCCGGACACCUGCGGCCAACCGAGGGAGUCAAAGACCAACGGCAGAACCCGCAACGUGGCUGCUGGGAAAACCAUCAACACCAUCCACCCUGCACGCCGCUUUACGUUGCAAUUGGAUCGUGGCGCCCUUUCUCCUUCUCCAGGGCCCCUAACAAGCCCCCUAUUUGGAAGGCUCACAGGGAGCUCACUCCUGAUUGGACAGCAGGCUGCAUCCUUGCGGCUAGCUCAACUGAAAGCUCAGCUUGCUCUGAUGCAGAUAAACAAUGCUCUCAAGAUUGGCUAUCAAGCUGCGAACAUACCUGCUCCUUACCCAACCACAGCACCUCCAUCCCCGACUGCCGCGGCCAUCAAUCUCCUUAACCUUCUGAAGAUUGCAAACGCCAUGUCUCAUCCCCUUUUCAACCCAUAUGCCUCUGGUAACCAAAGUUCUACCCAGGGACCCUAUGGACUCUCCAGUAUGCAGGCAGAGAGGGACCCUCGAAAGGAUUCUCCUCAGUUCGGACCUGGGUCAAGCUUCUGCUCUUCUGCAGCUUCCUCUGCGACCCCUGCCAAUGCUGGGGAAACGACUCCAUCACCACUGGCUCAGUCAGUGAGCUACAGGCCUGAACAGAGUUGGGCUGUAAAUGACAAGGACAUAGAAAGGUCUGUAGACAUGCAUAUCAGCAGAGCCAGAGAUGUUACAUAUCACGGCAAACAGGAUCAUCAGCCGAUAGGCCAGAGCACUCUCUUUACCAGCACCCAGAGAGAUGACAUUCUAUCCUCGGGCACUGGGACGACCUCCUCUCCGAUAGCCUCAACCCCUGCCUCUCUAGGACACAGAUACUCUGCUGUUUACAGUGGCAGUAGCUCCUUGGACUGGUUUCCAAAAUACAAAAUGGCAGCCACUGAUGAUUCCUGCCAAUUUUAUUCAUCACCAGCUUCAUCUAGCUACACAAGCAGGGGUAGCGGUAGGUUUAAUUCCUCCAGUGGCCGAGAACGUGAUGUGCAGUCCAUUCCAGGAUUAGGUGAUUUUGACUAUCCUGUCCAAGUCGCCCCAAGUCGCCCCAAGUACACUCCCGAAUGUGCCUCAAACAUCCUUUCAAAAUUUGGACUUGAAAAAGAGGAUUUGGAAUAUCUAAUCUCUUACCCUGAUGACCAGAUGACCCCUGCCAACCUGCCGUUUAUCUUGCACCAAAUCCGCAUUGACAAGGCCAAGAGAGCAACAACUGCAGUUGAGUCAAACCCCGACCCUGAAACUCCACCAAUCAGAGGCGUGAGUGGAAUGGGCAGUUUGAGUAGUUCUGGAGGAUCAGCAGCGCUUCUCCAGCCCCCUAAAGUGGUUGACUAUGGACAUACUGGCAAUUAUGCUGGAGGGGUUGUGGAUGAGAUUGGAAGAACUAGUGGCAGAAGUGCUGACAGUGAUGGGAGUGGCAGCUUGUCGUGUGGAAACACUUGGGAUAUUAGGAGCCGCCACAGUCAAGAAGAUACAAAAGAGUUGAAAAGCAGUGCCCCUGGUUCUUCACAUGGUCAAUGUAGCUCUGUAACCAACUCUUCAUACAAUUCAACACUGAGCUCAGUAGCUGCCCGAAGCAAUCAUCCAGCUAAGCCAUUAAAGACCAAACCAAUGCACACUCCUCAGAAAGUCCUCUGCCCUUCUUCUCUGCCAAGGAAAGACAAAGAUGGUGGCCUCAGACUUGAAGAUUGUUCCAAGUCCAGUCCUUUGAAAAAAACAGAGGCAGAACGAAGCCAGUCAGCAUCAAACACCCAACCAUCUUGCGGGUUGCAUCCCGACCUAACUGGUCUUGUGCUCAUUGGUACCGAUUCCACCAUUGGAGCUAAGACUCACAGUACAACGCCAGCAAAAGAGUCGGUGGUUCAUAAGCAGACGCAGAAAAGGCAGAACCAAAAACUGCACAUGCAGGAGAAGCAGGUGCAGAAAAAGCCAGUGUCUCAAAUGGAGGAAGCGUUGAGUCAUCUGGCUUUUUCUGCCACCCAGCCUUCUUCUCCCAUCCUCAAUACCACAGAUGCCUCACAAACUGUGCAACCUUCAGUGUUCAUCCCUUGCCCCGCCGUUGCUCCUCCAGCUUCACUUCAGCUGGUUGCCGGUCUGGAGAACUUCCCCUGGUCGCGGACGCAGCAUCCAGCGGAGAGACCGGUCUCUGAGGGUCUGCCAACGCCGUCCAUGAUGCGUGACUAUGCGGCGGCCACACCGCAAGUCUUCCCACACACCUGUUCUCUGUGUUACAAAGAAUGUGCUCAUAUGAAGGAUUGGGUCACCCACCAGAACACUAGCCUUCACCUUGAGAGCCGCGGGGUCCUCCGGGCAAAGUACCCAGAGUGGAAUGGUGGGAUCGAGGUCGGACCCAGUUCCCCGUCUCGCGCUCAACGGUAUGGCUGUUAUGGGUCGCCCAUGAGGAGCCUUGAGGGACAGAGGAGAUGCUUCUCACCAAGUAGAAGAUAUGACAGACGGUCCUCGCCGAGGAGGAGUGGGGAGAGACGGUAUUCGCCAAGAAGAAGCUGCGAAAUACGAUCGCCACCGAGGACGAGCCACGACAGACGGUCGUUGUCGGAGACGUCCCUUCAACGGACAUCGAGCAGCGCAGAGAAGCUGGUGAAGAAACUACUGGAAGAAUCAGUUGCCCAUUCUGUGUCCAAACAGUCGGACUCGGAGGCCGUGGGCGAGAUUGAGGCAAGUGCUUCCACAAAGCCUAAGGUGGACAAGUCUUCGCCUCCGACCAUGGUGAGGUUAGGAGGGAUUCUCAGCUCUCUCUCGCGCGAUGACGUGGUCGCUGCCGUAGAGCAGUUUGGAAAAAACAAAUCGGUCCUAAUGUUUCGGAGCAAACAAGAGGCACUCGUGUGUUUCGAGAAAGAGGAAGAUGCUGAGAAACUGAAGAGCAUCAAGAGCAUAAAAGGAAUCCCAGUCACUGUCGGAGCGAGCGUCAGAGAAAAGAAUACUCCGCAAAGGAAGACUCCGCCGAGAGAACCUGACGCUUCUGGUGUGUCCGAACGUAAAUGCACCAAAUCCACAAAAACCAUGACCCACAGAGCGGCGGCGCCGACACUUCACCAGACUUCACCUGAUCGCUCCACCAAGCCUUUAACUUCACCUGAUCGACCUACGAAGCCUUUAACUUCACCUGAUCGCUCCACCAAGCCUUUAACUUCACCUGAUCGCUCCACCAAGCCUUUAACUUCACCUGAUCGACCCACGAAGCCUUUAACUUCACCUGAUCGACCCACGAAGCCUUUAACUUCACUUGAUCGACCUACGAAGCCUUUAACUUCACCUGAUCGCUCCACCAAGCCUUUAACUUCACCUGAUCGCUCCACCAAGCCUUUAACUUCACCUGAUCGACCUACGAAGCCUUUAACUUCACCUGAUCGCUCCACCAAGCCUUUAACUUCACCUGAUCGACCUACGAAGCCUUUAACUUCACCUGAUCGACCUACGAAGCCUUUAACUUCACCUGAUCGCUCCACCAAGCCUUUAACUUCACCUGAUCGACCUACGAAGCCUUUAACUUCACCUGAUCGACCCACGAAGUCUCUAUCUUCACCUGAUCGACCUACGAAGUCUCUAUCUUCACCUGAUCGACCCACGAAGUCUCUAUCUUCACCUGAUCGCUCCACCAAGCCUUUAACUUCACCUGAUCGACCCACGAAGCCUCUAUCUUCACCUGAUCGACCUACGAAGCCUUUAACUUCACCUGAUCGACCUACGAAGCCUCUAUCUUCACCUGAUCGACCUACGAAGCCUCUAUCUUCACCUGAUCGACCCACGAAGCCUCUAUCUUCACCUGAUCGACCCACGAAGCCUCUAUCUUCACCUGAUCGACCCACAAAGCCUCUAUCUUCACCUGAUCGACCCACGAAGCCUUUAACUUCACCUGAUCGACCCACUAAGCCUCUAUCUUCACCUGAUCGACCCACAAAGCCUCCAUCUUCACCUGAUCGUCCCACGAAGCCUUUAACUUCACCUGAUCGCCCCUCAAAGCCUUUUUCUUCACCCUCUGGAUCCAAAACAACUGCAACGGGCAAACGUCUGGCGUCUGUUGACGGCGCUGUUUCAGCCGCGAGGACACCGCCGACAUUGACUGUCGGGGAAAAGAACGAAAAGUGCCUCGAUCUCCGGAGAAUCUGGUGUGUCGACAAGUCUCAAUUCUGCCUCCCACUUCAAGUUCAGGGUGAAUUUACGGCCGGCGUUGUUUCAUCAGACGCCAACUUGAACGGCGUCGCAUUGGUUGAUGUGCGAGAAACGAGCCCUGACCCCCGUCGCUCCCCCAACGACUCCAAGAUGUCCGCCUCUUCCUCUUCCUCUUCCUCUACCUCCUCCUCCUCAUGCAAGCCAACCAAAGGCUCCACGAAGGGAAGCUCUUCCUCGAACUCCACCUCGGUAUCGCCGAACAAUCCCAAGGACGCAUCUGAGUCCAUUGAAUCCCCCACCGGACCCUCGUCGUCCUCUCCUUCUUCACCGUCUCCAGAAACCCCUUCCCCCGCUGGUCGGAGAGCACCACGGAGCAAGACAAAGUCUCCGGUCAAAGCGUUGAAUACUUCGUCCUUUAGUCGUUUUGAGACGGCGUCUACAGCCAUUAUCGAGGGGUCAACAGAGACGACUCCUGAGAGUGCAGAGGCGACGCCUGACCACAGAGCGUCAGCAGAGAGCAUCACUGCAAAAACUGUUGAGUCAUCAGAGACGUGUCCACCUGCACCGGGAUCGGGGUUCAACCAAGGCAACACGCGCAAAGACCUGGAGAAGGGCGAAGAGAAAAGGAAAGACGGCGAUGAUCCUGACAAACGUACAAAGCAGGAGGACGUCGGCGGGGAAAACGACCUAAUGCCUGAUUCCACUCAUGAACAGAUGGACGAUGGGGACCGAGGAGGCGGCUGCGGCGUCCAGCUACCUGAGGAAAACCUUCAGGUCUUGAACGGUGAAAAGGAACCGGACGCUUCUUUUCAAGCGGUGGACGCUGCAGGUCAAGAGGAGAGGAAAAGCCCAGUCGGAGACAACGGUUCCUCAGUGCAGCAGUUAUCUGAGGAAGGUGUGACUCAAGUAAGCAACAAACCUGCAGUUGAACACACAAUCAAUAUAAAUCCGGAGGCAAAUAAUGACCAAGUGUUAGGUAGAAAACGAGCUUCAAGGGGCAUAGGAUGCGCGAAGAAGAGAAAACUAAAUGAAGAGGAGGACAAAAUGAUGAAAUCGGCAGAAUCCUGCAAAGCCUCCAGAGGUGUCGACAAACCUCAUGAGCACAUCCCAAAAGACGAAGAACAGCCUCUUAAUGUCAGCGAUGAGAAAGCCUCUUUAAAAGACCUCGACAGUGAUGUUACCAAACAAGAAACCUUUGAGGCGUUGGAUUCGAUUGACGAUCAGAGAGCAAUGGACGACGAUGGGCAAAAAGUUGAACCUCCAACCGAUCAGAUGUCUAAAGAUAUUAAAGGGAUAGAAGUAGAGGGUGAUGCCAAUCGGGCGGUUGACUCUGUUGCUGAUGCUGACAACAAGGAUAAGACGGUAAAGAGAGUAAAGAUGACCCCGAGAAGAGAUGAUGGAUCGUGGAAGAGGAGUGGUCCGAGGACAAGAGCUUCCAAAAGAGAAGAGAAGGAAAAAUCACCACUGAAACCGGACGGGAGGGUUAUAAAAUCUGGAACAAGAACAAAGACGGGCACCACCGCAGGAGUUUCUAAAAAAGACCAAGAGAUCAAAGAGGAGGUGUAUGAGAUUUUAGAUUCCGUGGACGAUGAACCGGUUCGUGAUGCGACAGAAAGGUCUGUUAGAAGACGAAGUCAGAGAGGAAAGAAAGAGGAAAAAACUGAUGAGGAAUCUCUCUAUGAAGUUUUAGACUCUGUGGAAGAUGAGGCUGCGACUGAACAACCCACCGUUAUGACGAGAUCGACCAGAGGAAGAAGGGGAAGAACAAGUAAGAAAGAUUCUCCAAUCGACAAGACAAAGGAAGAGGACACGCCGACGAGAAGGAGUCGCACUCCUGCCAGAGAAUCACAGGAAGCAAAGAAGAGUUACAUCACUGUGAGAGAGGUGAGGGAUGAGGAUGCUACCUUUGAAAUAUUAGACUCUGUGGAGGACGAGGCGGUUGUGAGGGACGACCGGCCCACUACAGGAGGAAGAGGGAAACGCGGAAGACCAACGAAAGCGGUUAAAGCAACUAAAAAAGAACGCAGAAGAGAAAAGGAGGGGGAGGAGGAGGAGGUAGUGGUCGACACAAAGGAGCUGGUGACUGUGGACGAGGUCGGAGCGGACGAGGCUGGGAAGGAAAUGGCGGCGUGGGAUGGCAAGAACGUGCCGGGAGACGAAGAAAAGGUUGAGUGGAGCACGCUGGAGCUCCGCCCACCUAGCAAAGAGGACGAAUCAGUGGACUCAUUGAACCCAGAGACUUCGUUGACUUUAGACGAACCAGGUGACGACGAGGAAGAGAAGAAAACACGCAAACACGACGUAACAGUUGUGAGUAAGAGGAGGAGGAGGAGGAAGGAGCUUGUCGGACCUGAGGCGAAGAGAUCUCGAUCUCAGUCUCCUCGUUCUUCUGCCAAUGUCAAACUGCCGCCGUUCAUUCCAAACAAUCCACUCGGUCAGGAGUUUGUGGUCCCCAAGUCAGGUUACUUCUGUAACCUCUGUCGCGUGUUCUACCUGAACCAGAGCAGCGGCAAGGAGCAGCACUGCGUCAGCCAGAGACACUACGACAACCUGCAGAAGCACUACCAGAAGCUUCAAGACAAACCAUCAAGAAGUUCAACACAAUAUUCUCAAGGUGUCGUUUCUGAUUGAUCCAGAUGUCUCCUGCUGAUCUUUUUUCUUCUUCUUCUUCUUCUUUCUUAACGUGCCUUUAAAAGUCGGGCGAGAGAAUCAUCUCAGUUGACAAAUAUAUGCAAAUACAUUUUAGCACGAUUGGUCCCAUUGGAAUUGAAACUCCGUCCAACUCCUCUACUACUGUUACAUUUUACUGUUACUGUCUGAUUUUAUUCAUGUGUAAAUGAUUAUUGUAUUCAUUUUUGAGAUGGAGUUACUCAAUAUGAGCGAUUUGGGUCCGGAAUAGGUCCGGUCACAAAUAGUAAGAUUCAAAAAUAAGUCAUUUAAUUAAAACAUUUUGGCAAAACAGGAAGCAAAGGGGUUGAUGGGGAAUUGCGGCCUUGUCUCAGUCAAUAGUGAAACAAAAGCUGACAAUCAUCAUAACAUUGGUCUCACAUUAUUAUUGUUAUUUAAUUAGACAUGUUUUUAUUUCAUAAUGUAUUGUGUAGCGUCUAUGAAUUUGUUUUUAAAGUUGCAUAUGAUUUUAAAAGUUAGUAAUGGUACCUGGAUUGUAUACAAUAUCGUCUCUGUAAUUGACUCGGUCGUCUCGCUGCCGGUUCUUUAAACACUAUAAAAGGGUCCAAUCAUUUUUGACUCAUUUCAGUUACACAGGUUUUUAUUGGUUCUGUUUGCGUUUCAUUUUUUGGGGAUAAAUGGCAUUUUUGUAAAAGGAAAAAACAAAGGAAUGUGAAAUAAAAUUUUAUGGAAAU